CGUCAUUCGUUGUUCCACCCGGUAGGGAGGAAGGCGGGACUCGGUGGAAGCGGUUUUAUACUUGUUGCCACGUCGGACUGUUUGGUGAACCUGGAGAAUUAAUUUGACAUAUACUUGAGUAAAUAUUUUUAGGAGGACUAAAUAACAGUCAUGGUUUCUGUUAUUAACACAGUGGACACCUCGCAUGAGGACAUGAUACACGAUGCCCAGAUGGAUUACUAUGGGACUCGGCUUGCCACCUGCUCCUCUGACCGCACCGUCAAGAUCUUUGAUGUCAGGAAUGGAGGACAGAUUCUGGUGGCAGAUCUCAGGGGACACGAAGGCCCCGUGUGGCAAGUAGCGUGGGCUCACCCGAUGUUUGGCAACAUUCUGGCUUCUUGUUCUUACGACCGAAAAGUCAUCAUCUGGAAGGAGGAGAAUGGAACCUGGGACAAGAUGUACGAGUACACUGGACAUGAAUCGUCAGUGAACUCUGUUUGCUGGGGUCCAUAUGAAUUUGGUUUAAUUCUGGCCUGUGGAAGCUCAGACGGGGCGAUUUCUCUACUCACAUUUACUGGAGAUCAGCAGUGGGACGUCAAGAAGAUUAGCAAUGCACACACUAUUGGCUGUAAUGCAGUCAGUUGGGCUCCUGCUGUAGUCCCAGGCAGUCUGAUCGAUCAACCAUCUGGACAGAAACCAAACUAUGUCAAACGUUUCGUCUCUGGAGGCUGUGACAACCUGGUUAAACUUUGGAAAGAGGAGGACGGUCAGUGGAAGGAGGACCAGAAGCUGGAGGCGCACAGUGAUUGGGUGAGAGACGUUGGCUGGGCUCCUUCCAUCGGUCUUCCCACCAGCACCAUUGCUAGCUGCUCCCAGGAUGGGCGUGUGUUUAUUUGGACGUGUGACGACCCUGCUGGCAACACCUGGACGGUCAAACUUCUCCACAAGUUCAACGAUGUGGUUUGGCACGUCAGCUGGUCCAUUACCGGAAAUAUACUGGCAGUUUCUGGUGGAGACAACAAGGUGACACUGUGGAAGGAGUCCAUGGACGGUCAAUGGGCGUGUAUUAGCGAUGUCAGCAAAGGCCAGGGCGCCGUUUCCACCAUUACAGACACUCAGCAGAAUGAGCAAUGACAACCUUACAGCAAAGAGUACAGCUUUAAGAAAUUGAUUAACAAACAUGCUGGACAUUUGGACUGACAGCAAACUGCUGUCCAGAGUGGCUGAGUUCAAUCGGAUCUGUUUUUGACUCUUGGAUGUCUGCUAAGACAAGGAAAAUGUUUCAACAUGAGAAAGAUUGAAGAAUAAAUGUUUUUUUAUGUUAAAAAAUUCAA